UAACCUGGACCAGUGAAGGGAGAAUGUGGUGUGGGGGAGGUGUUCGAGAGAGAAAACCUGAUAAAAGUGUGUGUUUGAAUGUGAAUGAGUCAGUCAGGCUGGCACAGCAGGAGAGGGGCAGGUAGCCACACGUCUAUGAAUCCUACACCUGUUUGACACUUCCUGGAUCGUGCGCACAUGCCUGGUGCAAGAGGAGAAAGUGAAACAAAGAGAGAGUUUGCUUGGAGGGAAGCUUCUUGCCAAACAUACAGUUGAGUUGCAGUAGGUGAGCUGCAAAUGAGGAGGAAGACGACUGGCUGCAGCUCAUGGACGAGAAAAGAAAGGAUCUCUCUUUCAUAUCUUUACCCACACUUCGAGAUCUACUUCCUGGUGCUUUGCCGUUCUGCACGACUGCCUGACUGAGGUAAACUGCUCGUGGAGUGUGCUUCCACUUCUGAACCGAAUGUUUCCCUCGUAUUGAUUUUCAUCUGCUAUGGAGACUUGGAUGGACUGGCUUCCUGUGAACUUUGUGUGUGAAGUUGUGACGAGUGAAGUCAGGUUGCACAUCUGAAAUGGAGCAGGCGAAUUGGCACACUGAGGGAGAGUUGGAAGGGCUGUCCCGACCCCUGGAUGGUGAAGAACCCCGAGGUCCAGAUUCAGCAUCCUCGUCUUGUUCAGACCUGUCUAUCACAACCCCUGCAGCUCAAACUAGUCCCAACAACACCAAGAGCUUCUCUGGACUGCGGAUCUUUGGGAGAAGGAAAGCCAUCGCCAAGGCUGGUGUGCAGGAUAACGCUGCCCAAUCCGGCACCAUGAUACCUGCCAAAUGUGAGCCCAACAAAGAUAUCUGCAGCACUGUGGAUUGGACUGAAAAUGCCCAGUUUGGUCAACAACGUGUGUUUGACACCAGUCCGUCUGGAGAUUUCUGUUACGUUGGAGAGACGUAUUGUUGCCAAAGUCACUG